AAAAAUGUUCUUGAUCUUCUUAACAACGAAAAGUACACGAAAAAUGCUAAAUCAUCUUCAGAAAUCUUUAAAGAUCGAUCGAUGUCACCAGAACAGUCUGUUGUUUAUUGGACUGAGUAUGUUAUUCGUCACAAAGGAGCCCCACAUUUGAAAUCGAAUGCAUAUGCAUUAACUUGGUAUCAAUACUACCUGUUGGAUGUAAUUUCAACAACAGUAAUGUUUGUUUUCAUCGUACUUUUUGUUACAUACAAAGUUCUAAAAUUAGGGUAUAAUUAUGUAUUUGAUAAUUUUAAACAAAUUAAAACUAAAUGUGAAUAAAUAUUAAAA